GUUAGACCUGCAUGUAUAAAUAUAGCCUCGGAUGAGAACUGCCUUCACAAAAUGCUUGCUCAUCCUAAGAAACACAAGACAGAACACUGUAGCAAUUCUGUGAUUCUUGUUAUUUUCUAUUUAAUUUAAACAACUGUGUGUUUCUGUGGUUUAGUGUGGUAUUAUUUGCUGAAUUUAUAUAAAGACUGGGAGAUCAAAAAUGGGAGGGCAAGGAUCAAAAUCAGAGCAAACAUCCUCAGCAGUAUCUAAUGAACUGGAUGAACCAUGGCGGACAUUUGAUUGGAGACAGAAGGAACUGCUGAAAACAAGUCUUGAAAAUUUUCGUCUGAGUAAUCCAGAUGUUAAACACAUCAGGAUCCUGGUAGCUGGACAAAUUGGAGCAGGGAAGUCCAGCUUUAUUAACUCUGUCAGCAGUGCCUUUCAGGGAGAAAUUGUUUGUGAAGCACUAUCUGAUACUUCACAAUCAGCUGCCAGUCACAGUUUCACACAAAGACUAAAAAUAUGCCGUAUCAGAAGUGGUGAUGCAGAUUUGCCUUUUGAAAUCUGUGACGUAAUCGGCUUAGAUCCUGACAAAUUAUCUGGCUGUCAAACAGAUGAGAUUGUCAAAACCAUAUAUGGCCAUGUGAGGGAGGGAUAUAAAUUCAGCGAGAAUCCCAACCCUAAUAAGGAUGAACAUUACCAAAAAAAACCUUCACUGUCCGAUCAAGCUUUCUGCCUGGUUUACGUCAUUGCUGCAGAUACAAUCGGACUCAUAAGAAACUCAGACAAUAAGAUACUUCAUGACAAGCUGAAGGCCAUCCGUCAGGAAAUCAGUGAUAACGGUAUUCCUCAAGUGAUUGUCAUGACCAAAGUGGAUGAAGCAUGUCCACUGGUCAAAAAUAAUCUGAAGAAGGUCUUCUUAAGCAAAAAGAUCAAAAAGAAGAUGGAGAUGUGCAGUGGAUAUGUGGGUGUGCCGAUGAGCAGUAUCUUUCCGGUGAAGAACUACCAUGACGAGACCGACACAAACGAUGAUGUUGAUGUUUUGAUUCUCAAGGCAUUUGAUCAGAUUGUGCGUUUUGCUAAUGGAAGACUGAGGGGAGAACCGGGUGAACCAUGGAGGAAAUUUGACUGGGGAGAGAAGGAACUGCUGAAAACACGUCUUGAAAAAUUUUCUCUGAGUAAUCCAGAAGUUCAACACAUCAGGAUCCUGGUAGCUGGACAAAUUGGAGCAGGGAAGUCCAGCUUUAUUAACUCUGUCAGCAGUGCCUUUCAGGGAGAAAUUGUUUGUGAAGCACUAUCUGAUACUUCACAAUCAGCUGCCAGUCACAGUUUCACACAAAGACUGAAUGUAUACCGCAUCAGAAGUAGUGAUGCAGAUUUGCCUUUUGAAAUCUGUGACGUAAUGGGCUUAGAACCUGAAAAAUUAUCUGGGUGUCAAACAGAUGACAUUGUCAAAACCAUAUAUGGCCAAGUGAGGGAGGGAUAUAAAUUCAGCGAGAAUCCCAUCUCUAAUAAGGAUGAACAUUACAAUGAAAACCCUUCACUGUCCGAUCAAGCUUUCUGCCUGGUUUACAUCAUUGCUGCAGAUACAGUCCCAGAUAACUUACUUAUUGAGAAGUUGAAGGUUAUCCGCCAGAGAAUCAGUGAUAAUGAUAUUCCUCAAGUGAUUGUCAUGACCAAAGUGGAUGAAGCAUGUCCACUAGUCAAAAAUAAUCUGAAGAAGGUCUUCUUAAGCAAAAAGAUCAAAGAGAAGAUGGAGCUGUGCAGUGGAUAUGUGGGUGUGCCGAUGAGCAGUAUCUUUCCGGUGAAGAACUACCAUGACGAGACCGACACAAACGAUGAUGUUGAUGUUUUGAUUCUCAAGGCAUUUGAUCGGAUUGUGCGUUUUGCUAAUGGAAGACUGAGGAGAGGUGCUUACAACUUAUGAGAAAUUCAUAGUGGAGACCAGACAAUGUUGUAAGAUGCAUGGACAGAGUUGUUUCACUGUCAGUUUAACGGUGUAAAAAUAUAAAGCUUGGUUAGGACAAAAGCAAUCAACAAUUUUCUUCAGCAUUGAAUGAAUGUUAAAUGACCAAAUAUCACCAUCUGAAUCAGCAGUUUCUUUUGAUAGGCUAUCCUAUAUACUAUUUACUAAUCUUAAAAAAAAAAAAAAAACUAGUUGCAUCAUCCUUGUGUAGUACAAGAAACUUUCCAUGUACAACAUGGUGCUGGUUAUUUGACAAAAGUGACUACAGAACACAUACAGUACAGUACACAUUUCUACAUAAAUCAGUUGUCUCCAAUUUAUCAAAUUAAUCUUUAAAUGAACAUAAUACAAUUAGUUAAACAAAUUCAAAAUGAUAAAGAAAAUUAUGAUUUCUACAUGUAGGUCCACGUUUAAAAAUAACUUUUUGAAGCUAACCCAAUAUAUUCCUUAAAGGUCCCGUUCUUCGUGAUCCCAUGUUUCAAACUUUAGUUAGUGUGUAAUGUUGUUGUUAGAGUAUAAAUAAAAUCUGUAAAAU